AUCAGGUGAUCAGUCACGUGAUAUUAUUCAAGCAUCCACUUCUAAAAUGAGUGAAUCACUUCCACGUUUCCACUGGAAAUUUCAGACUUGGACAUGAUGGACAAUGUUUACCAAUCUAACGCUAGUAGUGCACUUGAUGACACUGACUGUUACCAACCAGACAGCCUGCCAGAGGCUGUAGAGAGUGUGUCCAAAGCCCAGAAGCAGCAAGCAAGUGACAUCCAGCAACACCAACAGCUCUUGGCCACCCUAAAGGAGGAGUUGCUUCAGGCACAAAAGCAUGUACUUUCCCUGAAAGAAGAGCUAAGGGAGUGUUUAAGGAAGAUUUGCCUUGCCCAGGAAAACCAUGCUAAAAAGAAGACACACGCUCAAGAAUUGCAGGAUGCUAUUGAUUCUACAGUUCUUGAGAAUGUCAGUCUAAAGCAGAUGAUAAAAAGGACAGAAAAAGAUGGGAUUAGAGAAGACAGAAUGUACAAGGAGUAUGGUGAAAAGAUGGAUAAGUAUAGACAAGCAGUUUUAGAGAUGGAAGCCAACUCUCCUGAUCACCGGGAGCUUGCCGAACAGAAAAAGAUCUGUGAAGACAUGGAAAAGAAAAGAGCAGAAUUAAAAGCUGAGGUGGAAAUGGAUGAAGAGAGUGGGGAGCUUUUAGCCAAACGCAGACUGAAGGAUGAAUUACAUCAACUACAAAUUACCAAAGCUGAUAGACAACAGAAGCUUAAUCAACUCAAACAGGAGAUUACCCAGGAAAAUUCCAAGCAAGCUGGAAUUCAACAAGAUAUUGAUGUAUUGCAGAAGCGCAACAAGGCUCAGUUGACACGUCUUAAAUGCCAACUUAAAGAAGCGCAGCUGAGGAACUGGCAAUGGGGCCAAGAAUCAGAGCAGCUAGAAGCUCAACUGGAACUGCUGAAAAAGGAAUGAAUCAUCCAUGACCCAGAACUGAGAAGGAUUAAGGACUGAAACAAAGCACAACAGAGGACUAAACAUAUGAAAAAGGAAAGCUAGCUCGGGAAGAGAGGCUGGUCUAGUUGAGAAUUACGAGGCAGCCAAUGGUAAAUGAAACAAAACUAUCAUAAAAGAAUAUCUUACAAGAAUGACUUUGGAUUGUUUUCUCCCCUUUUCUCUUUCUCUUCUUUUUAUUGGGUGAAGAUGGAAACUGUUGGAUGACUUCUAUAAUAAUAAUAGAAAUAACACAGUCCUUAUGUAGCCCAUAUCACAUGUAAAACAUCCCUAUGCACUUCCAAAGGAUCGAUCUGUAAUAUCAAGAAUGUAUGUUAUUCAGAGUACAGAUUACUCUAAGUUUAAAAUAUUUGUCUGUUCAAUAACACAUAUUUGCAUGAUAAGGAGGCCAUUUUAUGAAAAGUGAAGUAAGACUUAAAAUCAUGCUUAAGUACCAAUGACAAUUGAUGCAUAUUAUAUUUCAUUUGCAGUCUCAAUGAUGAAAACCUCUACGCAGCUAUCAUGCAUGCUCAGAGCAUUGUCUAACCAAUGCUUUAAUUUUCAUAUCACACACAGCUGUGAACUAAAGUGUGAUUUUCAUUGACAUAUCACUUAAAGACCCCUGGGCUGAAUCAAGUUUUGAUAUAGCGCUAUUAUUUGACUGAAGCUAAACAAAAAUAAAGACGUAUUUCACACAGCUUUUACUUUGGUGUCUACCUUUUAUUAAUAAAUAUCAAUAUAAACAAUAUUUUGUUUGACAUCAUUAUCAAACAGUUGUAUUCUGUCAUCCACAAAGAACUGUUGGCCAUUCCAUCAUUUCUUUUAUCUCUGCCAUACAUACUAGCAAUAGCAAAAUACAUCUGUAAUUUGUAUAAAAUUACUACAAAAUACAAGUGCAACAAAAAUAAAUCAAAAGAAUGAAUACAAAAAUGUAAAACUGAAUACAUCAAAUAUGAAACAAAAAAGUGAAUAUUGAGAUCUUUGGAAAUGCAUAAUCAAUCUUUAAUAAACAUAAUGAGAAGAUAAUGAUAUUGUAUUUGUCCAUAUUUUCUUUAUGAAUAUGAUUCUGUUGUGACAUAUCUUAAGUUCUGUACAAGUAAUUUUCUUUUUAAAUGCCAAAUUUGGGUUUGUCAAUUUCUACAGUUCAUUAUUCAUUUCACCGCAAAUAAAACUGACAUUAUUUUUUUUUCAAAGUUAAUAGAACUUUAAUUCAUAUCCCUUUACUGUUUAAAGAAUAAUAGCAAAACUUAAUUUUAAAACUUAAAUCUUAUUCUUAUUCUUAUUCUACACAUCUUAUGUAUGUAUCAUUUCUGUUAAUGACAUUUACUCAUCAUAACUGUACAUACAGAGGCAUUAAAUCCUUGAACUUGCUUUAUUUUUCCACAAUGAAACGUUUAAAUACAAGUUUUUCGGUCUUAAAUAAUCAUUUAAUGACUAAUUAAAAUUGUUUUGACAUAAGUUCUGUCCAAAACUAGUUCAAUUAUAUUACAUUUACAAAAAAGCAGUGAGGCAUGUUCUAAUUCAUGAAAGACGUGUACAGGAUGUGAAAGAGUGACAAUUAUAAACAUUUUCCAAAAUAUACAAACUCUAGACAAAAGAAUUAUGUACAUUUCCCAUGCAUCAAUAUGUUUGCAAUAGUGAAAAACAAGGUGUUGCUACCUAGUACCAUAUAUUUGUACAGAAAACACAAUAUCUGCACCAUGUUGUGAAUAUAUUCUUUAUAUAUUUACAUGGCUAAUACUUCAUUCAAAUAUUCAAACUUUAUUGAAAUAUUCACAAAAACUAACCAGCAGUCACAUAGAGUUUGGUAAUUGAGGAAAACAAUUUUGGCAUAUAUUAUGCAAAUUUAAAUGUAAUGCAUAUAACUUUGAUUCUAUAUUGAUUUUAAUUCAAAAAAAUCAUGGAGUAGUUACUAUUGCAAAUACAUGAUUAAAUGACAUAUUUCCGAGCCCAGCUCAAAACUAGUUACCCAGAUCCAUCUUAUAACAACAAAAGAUUUUGUUUCCUACCAACUGCAAGAAGAAAUUAAGAUUUGAAUACUUUGUUAUUUGGUAACAUCUAAAUUAACUGAAUGCAUUAUUCAAACUGUCAAAAAAGCACGCAAUUGUCAAAUAUAUAUUUUUAUGUCUUAAUUCAUUAAAGGGGGUGUUCACCCUGAAGAUGAGUUGGUUUUGAUAAAAGCGGAAACAAAUUAAGAAAAAUAUUGAUGAAUUAGAGUUAUAACAUUUUACGUUUUUUUUUUAAUUUGUGAUUUUCCAUGCAAGCAGCUUCCCUGUAGUAUAUGUAAAUUCUAUAAAUUCAAUAUUAUUAAUGGAAUAUGCCGACUUCCAUUUUUUUUUCUCAUAGAAGGGGUUUGAUAUGAUUUGUCUGGUAAUAUAUCCAUCGCACAAAAAACAUUACUUUCUAGUUUUUUAGAAAAUGGCAAUCUGGGGAUUUCACAUCACAAAAUUAAACUUUAACAAAUCAUAAUUCUCUUAUUCUUUGAUGGAUAAUCAAACCUUCAUGAAUAUGUGUCUCUAUUUAUUCUCCUUUUAUUAAAACCAACCUACUUCAAGGCAGCUAGACUUCCCCUUUAAUUCCCCUUA